CUCAUACGCUCACGACGGCGACGGCGCCGCGGCGCAUCUCUGCUCGGGUCAAACCGUGCCGUGCCGUGCGUGCGGAGAUUUGUGUUCUGCUGCGCCCGUUGUCCCAAUUUUAUCUGGUUACCUCCGUAAAUAGCCACUGUACGUCGAGUGUUUGGAGUUUCUUUCGUAAGUCUGUCUGCUAACCAUCAUUCCUGUGGCAAAUCGUCUCACGACCCUGUCCUAAUUUACUACCAUGGCAAAGUGGGGCGAAGGUGAUCCUCGCUGGAUUGUUGAAGAACGUCCUGAUGCUACAAAUGUCAACAACUGGCAUUGGACGGAGAAAAAUGCCUGUCAAUGGUCGGAAGACAAAUUAAAAGAACUACUGAAGAAUUUAAAGAUAGAAAAUGACAACGCUAGCUGUGAAAUCACUGAAGUGGAGAAAUUAGAGGGAGAAGCUGUUGUCAAUAACCGGAAAGGAAAAUUGAUAUUUUUCUAUGAAUAUGAUAUUACUCUGAAAUGGCGAGGUUCCAUGAAUGAUAAUGAUGAAGAAGCUGAGGGAAAGAUAAAUAUACCAAACUUAAGUGAAGAGAACAGAGUAGAUGAAAUUGAUGUGAGUGUAUCUUUAGACAAAAAUACCGAGCAAGGCUACAGAGUAAAGGCUUUCAUGCAUAGUGUUGGCACUGUUAAAAUAAAAGAGCAGCUUGGUAAAUACAUCAGCGCAUUGAAAGAAGAGUUCUCAAGAGGAAUGAUUUUACCAAAGAAAGGUGGGGACUCUGGUACAAUCAACACUAAUGAUUCCUCUGUCAAUAAUUUAUCUGCUGGAUUCAACAUAAAGAUGCAAAUGAAUACUGUUGCGAAACCAACCACCAAUACUGUAGGUUGCAAAAUAGACACCACCACAAUUACCUUCUCACAUGCCUUCCAGUGCACAGCAAAAGAGUUCUACAAUGUUCUCACUGUAAUUGAGAUGGUACAAGCAUUUACACAAGGACCAGCAAAACUUGAAGUUAAGAAAGGUGGAAAGUUUGAGCUAUUUGGAGGAAAUAUUCAUGGAGAGUUUCUUGAAAUAGUUCCUGAUCAGAAGAUUGUGCAGCGUUGGAGAUCCAAGCGGUGGCCUGGAGAACAUUAUUCGAAUGUUACAAUUUUGAUUGACCAAAAGGAUGACCAUACAAGUGUGAAAGUGACUCAGACAGGAGUACCUUCAAGUGAGGCGGAUGGAACAAGAGAAAACUGGGACCGGUAUUAUAUGGAUGCCAUUAAGCGAACGUUUGGGUUUGGAUCAUUUAUUGGUUAAAUAAAUGUUUUUUUCUAACUUAUGCUGAACCAGUAAUCUUCCUCUUUUGUUGAUUUAUAUUUGAUGCCUCAGGUCACAGUGCAUAAUUGUUUUAACUUGUUUUCUGGGAAAAGGGGGAAUUUGUAAAAUCCUUACUUCUACCUGAAGGGUACAUCCAUCUUACUUCAUUUUGUCAGUUGGAUGUCUACUUAAUUUAUGUGUCCUAAUUUAAUUUGUGAUUAUGUUAGUUGUACCGUCAGCAUGUGGUGUGAUGGCUGAAGGGAUUAUGAACAAAUGGAGCUUAUUCUUAAAAGAUGAAUCCAAUUGUUGCACAUUAACUGAGAUUUGAAUAUUAAUUCAUUCUAUUGUUUUUGAAGCAUUACCAGAAACUGCCAGUUGUCACGCCUUUAAGACAAAACUGUUAUUUUACAAUAAUUUUUGUAAAGUCUUAUUGUGAUAAUAAAUUUCUUCAAGAGGUGAAACCUGUCUUGUGAAGAUGAGCCUGCUUUAAACAUGUCUGCUUGAAACAUGUUUCAUUCCAUUCAUUGAUGUUUCCCAUCCCACAUAUUUGUAUGUUGUCAGAAAAAUCAGCAUUUUGGCUCAAUUUCUUUCUCUCUUUUUUUGUUGUUUUUUUUUGUGAAAUUGUGUAUUCUGACUGUGUCAAAUAUAAUGCCCCAUGCUUUCUAGAAUAAUUUUUAUAUGUAAAUUGUGAUUCUGUAACUUUGUAUCUUCUGUGUUUGAAUGACUGAAAAUUUGAAAUAAUAAGAAACAGUUCAAUCAUGAUAAAAUUGUAACCAACAGAAUCCACACCAGUUUGGUUUGUAGUGAUGUAGGAAAAAAUGACUUCAGAGGCAGUAGUGCCAAGUGUCACAAUUUUUUCUACUUUUAUUAAGAAAUAAACGAUUUGAUGCAUUAAAUGCACCAAUCUUCUGUCACCCGGAGCACAUGAAGUUGCUAACUGUAAUAAGAUUUCUCAGGUUGUAUUUGUACCCUCCAAAUCAAAUCAAUAAAACGCAUCUAAAAGUU